CUCGGUUCUUCCGGGAGUGAAAGUGUGAGUGUGCUCUACUUUGACGGAGGUUGUUGAGAGCAGAAGAGCAACAGCGCAAUAUCAAAAAGUGAUGUCUCUGUCUGAGUCCGACAUUCUGUGUGGGUGUGACGCAGGAAAUGCUUGUAAGUGGCGCCAACGUGGUUUCUUUAAGUAGGUAUCCAUACCUGGAGGUUGAAAAAUCUUCGUGGUCGUCGCGACGAGAGAAAAUGUCAUAGAUUGAUCAUGAUGAUCUUCCACCAUUUUGCCUCAUGCCCUCAAAUCGAAAAAAAAACGUUGUUCUCCCAAACCUCCUUUCUGUUGGCAUGCACCUUCUCUCUCCCACCUCCCUUUUUACUUUGUUUCAUCAAAAAUAGCCAAUUUUAUUGUUAUCGCAUAGUGUCGUUUGUCAAUCGUUCAUCAUGAUAAGGCGAUUGACAAUUCUGCAUUUUCAAUCUUCAAAAUUCUUGGUCAUUCUUAAUACUUUCUGACGUUUUUAUUUGCUGCUAUAUUUCUUCAACUUUUACUAUAAUGAACUUAACGAUUCUUUCCGUUUCCCCAACGCUUAUUAUAUCACAAAAUCACGCAAAAACGAGGAAGAUGAACUGCGUCUCUCAUUGGUUCAAAAAUUUUAGUUUUCUAGAUUCUAAUUCUUGGCUACAAUCACAAGAACAUCUACUUAUUCUUACAAUUUUCCAACUUCACCAUUACCGAACACUUCUUACAACUUUUUCAUCUGCUUCUCCACAUCCAAAUUCGAAGUUCUAGAAGUCUUGCACUACAAGUAGAAAAAGAGUUCUCUACUAGCAAAAAAGUUCUUGACCACAUCGAUUUCGGUUUCAUUGAGUGAUUCAAACCAAAUUCAACUUUAGCUUCUAUGUAUCACUUAUAGUUUAUUUAAGCUUAACCUCCACCAAAAGACAAAAAAUGGGUUGUACCAAUUCAAAAAAGAGCACUGGUGUGGUAACCGACCAGGAGAAGCAAAAGCGAAGGUCAGAAAAGCCAAAUGCCUUCUCAGCUGAGGACUUUGUCUUCGAAAAUCGCGGCAAGAUCCAUGAUGCCUAUACAUUCGAGGAUAAAAAACUGGGUCAGGGAACCUAUGGUAUUAUAAUGAUGACGAAGUUUCACUUUUUCACUUCUAAGAUCAAAUUCGAGUUGUAGGUGAACUAAUAUAUCUACUCGAUGCUUGUUUGGACUUGUUCACCUAAGUCGUGCAGGCACAUCAUAAUUUUCUACUUUUUCAACAUUUUCUACUUAUCCACCUUCAACAUUUUCUACUUCUUCAACCAGCAUCUAUCUAACAUCUCCGUCUCCAUCAUCCUCUGAGGUCUAUCAUCCUCCUCCCACCAACCACUAACAUCUCCGUCUCCAGCAUCCUCCUCCCCUAACACCCUAACCCUCAGAAUCCUAAGCCCUCUGACCUCUCACCUACCACAAGGUUCCGUCUCCAAGGCCACAUAUAAGAUGACACAGCAGAUUCGAGCAGUGAAGUGCAUUCCAAAGACCUCGCAGCACAUGAAGAACAUCGAACGGUUCAAGCAGGAGGUCAACAUCAUGAAGAACUGCGACCACCCGAACAUCGUCAAGCUGUUCGAAUCAUAUGAGGACUCGAGGAAUGUUUACUUGGUACUUGAUACAAUACGAAUAGGAAUACCUAUACCUGUGUGAUUCAGUUUCUAGUCAGAACAAGGGUGGAAGGUUUCUAAUCGUAGUGGAAGGUUUCUAGUCAGAACUGUGAUGAGGAUAAGAUGAAUGAAUGAAUGUGAGUGACAUCACCAUCUUCUCUCUUUUAAAAACAGGCCAUGGAGCUUUGCCAGGGUGGUGAAUUGUUCGACAGAAUUAUCGCAUCUGGUCACUUCACAGAGAGGGAAUGCGCCAUCUUGAUGCGACAGAUUUUGUCCAUUAUCCACUACCUCCACGAACACGGAAUCAUGCACCGAGACAUCAAGCCAGAAAACUUUUUGCUGGUAUAGUAUUAACAUUUUCAUCUGAACACCCCACACCAUUGAUAUUAACAUUUUCAUCUGAAUCUGAACACCCCAUACGCAUACAACAAUUCUAGAAGCAUAAUUCUCAACGGACGACCACAACUACGACCCUACAAGAACACAACAGUACGAAGACAACGCACCGAUUGAGCAGUCCACAGUGAAGAUCAUAGAUUUCGGUCUCUCAACGAAGUACAAGCCGGGAGAGUUCAAGAGCACCAAGGCUGGAACCCCAUACUACGUUGCGCCACAAGUCCUUACUGGAAAAUACGACCAGAGCUGUGACGUGUGGAGUUGCGGAAUCAUCAUGUACUAAAAUGGAAUGAUAUAUUGUGGAGUAGGAGUUCACGUGUGGAGCUCCUGCGGAAUCAUCAUGUACUAAAAUAGAAUGAUACAUUACGAAACGAAAAAGUGCACUCACACUAAAGAAAUUGGCUAGGAUUGAAGUAGGAAAAUAGCCACUUUUUUUGUGUGUGUUGACUGAGUGCACUUUUUUCUUUCAUAUAUAUUGUGGAAGAUAUGGUCCCCUUAUUUGUGGAGUUGCACAUCAUCGUCCCACCUUCCUCUCCUUCUCAAAGGUACAUCAUGCUUUGUGGUUACCCACCCUUCUACGGUGAGAGUGAUGUAGAUGUCCUGGCCAGAGUCCGACUCGGAACAUUCACCUUCGUGCAGGCAGACUGGAAGAACGUCACAUCUGAUGCAACCGAAUUGAUCACGAAGAUGUACUUGCUUUAAUGAUUACUUACUCUUGAAGACUGAAAAUAAGGGAGUUAGAGUUACUGACUGAAAUAAGAGGGGAGGUAGCUUUUAGAGGCUACUCUGUGUUCUUCAGUAUCUCGGUUAUUCUCGGUUGUUACUUGCUUAUUUCAGUUUUUCGUAUCCUCUUGUUGUAAUACAACUAGUGGAGGUAGGGACUUUCUUCAUUUUCAAAAAAAUUGUUCCGAAGGGACGAUCAUUUUUGGCGCUUUGUUUGAUGAUGAUGAAACAGAAACAGUAGACGUUCGUGUCUAUGUAUAAUAUAGGUUCCUUACGUUGUCUUGAUCUAUAAUAUAGGUUACAUUGUACUUCCACAACACCACCUCCACCCGUCACCACCCACCAAAGGUUGAAGAAGAACCCAGCCGAUCGCUUCACUGCGAAGCAAGCUUUGGACCACGUAUGGAUCUCGCAGAUGGCGCCUAAGGCAGCCUCCAUCUCACUCUCCGGCAACUUGGUCGGUCCUCUCACUUCCUUCCGAAACGGCAACAAACUGAAGAAAGCGGCUUUGACGGUACUGCUGGUGACUUUGAUAGGAUAAGACGCUAGAACCUCAACGACAGUAGUAGAGGAUGGUACUGUUGGUGACUUUGAUAGGAUAAUACGCUACAAGACCGUAGAGGAUGCUUCUGUCUUAGACUAGAUUUAGAAGUUCAACACAUCAAGAUCAAAACGAUCCCUUCACCCUACAACCAUAGGUGAUCGCGACGCAAAUCAGUGACGACAGCAUCAGGCAGCUCCGUGAGCUCUUCCUUCAGUUGGAUGAGGAUAACGAUGGAACACUCACCGUGCAAGAAAUCGUCGAUGGCAUGGGUACUUAUGAAUUUUGGAUCUUUGUAGUAGAAUCGAGACGAUUUUUGGUCCUCUACCAAUGCAUCCCAUACCAGCAUUUUUCCUCGAAGUGUUUGUACAGUAGGUACCUGUAACAACUGCUAGGGUGUCUACCGAAACCCUAACCACAAACUAACAGCAAAAGCCGGUCUCCAGGACAACACGGAACAAUUGGCAGAGUUGAUUAACCAGAUCGAUUCAGAUGGAAGUGGAAGGAUUGACUACACAGAAUUCUUGGCAGCGACAAUGGAUAAGCGACACUACAUGAAAGAAAGCGCGUGCUAUGCCGCUUUCAAGGUACUAUAUUAUAAUUGUUCGAAUUCUACCUAUGUACGAGGAGUUACAGUUAGAUUGAUUCUUGUGUUCAAGAAUAAUAGACGGACCACUCCAACGAGGAAAAGCAGUUGCAGUUGCAGUUGUAUUAGGGUCUAGGUGGAAUCUGUGCGGUCAUCGAUCAUGCAGGAAAGUCAAACUCUUCUUCCUUCGCUCUCUAAGUUUAUCCUUUCGCAUGAUCCACCAUCCUCACCCACCCACCGUGCUAAACCACCAAGGUCUUCGAUCGCGAUGGCAACGGCCAUAUUGACAAGCAGGAGAUCGCCGAUGUGUUGGCUGAUGGUGAUGUCAAGAUUAUGGCUCAAAUUUUCCUACAGAGUUGUUCAUUUUUGACGUCUGCAACAUCCUUGUCCUCGUAGUAAUUUGUACUUUGUCUAAAAGUAUUUCUAUUUAACUACUUACUCCAUUCAUUGGAGAUGUUAAUAUCACCACAUUGUUCCUGCUGCACACUCUAACAAUCGCAUGGUCUCACAAGACAUUAUCAACAAGAUUUUGUCAGACGCUGAUGCCAACGGCGACGGCGAAAUCGACUUCGAGGAGUUCAUGGCUAUGAUGCAAAAGGACGAUGGUCCAUCUGGAGGUGGUCUUCAGAUCACUAGCACUGCUAAGUAA